UGCCAAGGAGGGGCCACGAGGAGCGGCUCACUUCCGGGAGGAGGGCCACUGGUAACCCGGAAGCGGUUAUCUGUGCGGCGCUGUUUAAAGAUGGCGGCGGAGGAACCUCAGCAGCAGAAGCAGGAGCCGCUGGGCAGCGACUCCGAAGGUGUUAACUGUCUGGCCUAUGAUGAAGCCAUCAUGGCUCAACAGGACCGCAUUCAGCAAGAGAUUGCUGUGCAGAACCCUCUGGUCUCAGAGCGGCUGGAACUCUCGGUCCUGUACAAGGAGUAUGCUGAGGAUGACAACAUCUAUCAACAGAAGAUCAAGGACCUCCACAAAAAGUACUCGUACAUCCGGAAGACCAGGCCUGAUGGGAACUGCUUCUAUCGAGCUUUUGGAUUCUCCCACUUGGAGGCGCUGCUGGAUGACAGCAAGGAAUUGCAGCGGUUCAAGGCUGUGUCUGCCAAGAGCAAAGAGGACCUGGUGUCCCAGGGCUUCACUGAGUUCACAAUUGAGGAUUUCCACAACACGUUCAUGGACCUGAUCGAGCAGGUAGAAAAGCAGACCUCAGUCGCCGACCUGCUGGCCUCCUUCAACGACCAGAGCACCUCAGACUACCUGGUGGUCUACCUGCGGCUGCUCACCUCAGGCUAUCUGCAGCGCGAGAGCAAGUUCUUCGAGCACUUCAUCGAAGGGGGGCGGACUGUCAAGGAGUUCUGCCAGCAGGAGGUGGAGCCCAUGUGCAAGGAGAGCGACCACAUCCACAUCAUCGCGCUGGCCCAGGCCCUCAGCGUCUCCAUCCAGGUGGAGUACAUGGACCGCGGUGAGGGCGGCACCACCAACCCGCACGUCUUUCCCGAGGGCUCAGAGCCUAAGGUCUAUCUGCUCUACCGGCCUGGACACUACGACAUCCUCUACAAGUAGGGCCGCUGCCCUCCCUGCUGCCAGGCGCCAGACAUGUACAGAGGUUUUUUUUGUGGUUGUAAAUGGUCAUAUUUCACUCCCCCCUUUUUCUGUCACACCACCUUCCACGUUUUAUUAAAGGGGAUGCUGGUGGUGA